UUGCAUUAUUUUGGUCAACAUGUAUUUGGCACACCAACUAAACUAUAAAUACCACUAAUGGAAUCAUUGAGGAGGCACAAGAUUGAGGGAGAUUAUAAAAGGGUCAUACUCAUAUCUAGAGAUCACAUUUCAAGAUUAGACAUAUAACUCCAAAAUGGAGGGAAUUGAAAGAACAUCAUCAACAUACAAUUCAUUCACUCUAACAAAUGAGAUGCAAAAUCAUACAACACAAAAGCAAUCAAUGUACCCUCCUGGCUUUCCAAGAAAGGUAUUUGCAGAGGUUAUAGGGACAUAUUUGUUGGUGUUUGUUGGAAGUGGGACAGCUGCCAUGAGUGCAAUAGAUGAAAACAAUGUAUCAAAAUUGGGAGCUUCACUUGCAGGUGGAUUCAUUGUUACUGUUAUGAUUUAUGCAAUUGGACAUAUAUCUGGUGCACACAUGAAUCCGGCUGUUUCCUUAGCUUUUGCCACCAUUUCCCAUUUUCCUUGGAAACAGGUUCCAUUUUACAUUGCAGCUCAACUCACAGGAGCAAUUUCUGCUUCAUACACACUUAGAGCAUUGUUAGAGCCAUCAAAGCAGCUAGGUGCAACAUCACCUUCUGGAUCAAACAUUCAAGCAUUAAUCAUAGAAAUCGUCACCACUUUCACCAUGGUCUUCAUCUCCACCGCCGUCUCCACCGAUUCAAAAGCGAUUGGAGAACUUGCUGGUGUAGCAGUAGGUUCAUCUGUUUGCAUAGCAAGCAUUGUUGCUGGACCAAUAUCAGGGGGAUCAAUGAACCCAGCAAGGACAUUAGGUCCUGCAUUUGCUUCUGCAUCCUACAAGGGAAUUUGGGUCUAUAUAGUUGGUCCAAUUACUGGUGCACUUUUAGGUGCAUGGUCUUAUGUUGUUAUUCAAGAGACAAAUCAGAAAAAAGAUAUUGCAACUUUACAAUCUCCUCUUUCACUUAAGCAACAACAUGAGAUGAAUGGGAUUGAGUUAUAGUUUGUGAUAAUGCUAAUUUUGAGAAUUGUAUAUUUUUUAUUUGGAAUUUGGACACCAUCCAAGACAUUUAAAAUGGUUUGAGUCUUGGAGGAUUUAAAAGUCCAUUAUAAUGUAUUAUGUAUCAAAUUUAAGGCUUAACCAUGUACAUUUUAAUAGUAUGUAUACUUAUCUUUCAA